GUGCGGGUGACUGGGAGAUGGGAGAGAGAGCAGAAGAGGGUUGAGGGGUGUGAGAUUUAGCAGCUGGAGUGGCAUAGGGGGACAACCAAAAAAAAAAGCCCUUGGAUAAAUUAUAUCUACAUUCUCAUCCAACAAAUCGUCACGAUGCAUUUGGAAAUGUUGCUUGUGCUGGCCUGGGCAUUGUUCGUUCCUGUAACGAACAGCAAAAAAACUUAUGGUGACAUGUUCCCUCACAAACACAAACUCCCUAUUCCAUUCCCAAUCCCUGGAUGGGAACCCGACACGAACCCUUGGGACGAAUCUCUGUACCCCCCCUUCAAACAGCAGCUGAAUCGCAGACAUGAUAAACCACCGAGGGUGCGCCUCACGAGCGACAGCCCAGCAAUGAAUGGCUCAUGCAUCUCGUUCACUGCAGCUCUGGAGUUUCCACCAUGCCAGAAGGAGGACAGCACUGGCAACCUGGUGUAUGAUGAGCACUGUGACGACGGUAUGAUGGAGGCCUCAGCCAAUGGACAGGUGCCUUCAGGAUACGUGUUUAACUGGACAUCCUGGUUGGAUGACUAUGGCUUUGGAAAGUGUACAGAUCUGAAGAGGUGCAAUGUUUUCCCUGAUGGAAAGCCUUUUCCUCAGAGCAAUGACUGGAGACGUAGAGGCUAUGUGUAUGUGUGGCACACCAUGGGCCAGUAUUUUGAGACAUGUGAUGGCUCCUCCUCCCAUCUGACCCUGAACACCACUAACAUGACGUUUGGAGCUGGUGUGAUGGAGGUGAUGGUGUACCGUAAACGUGAGCGCAGGAAGUACAGCCCACUCUCUGCGGACAGUACCGUAUUCUUCAUAACAGAUAAGAUUCCACUCUCCGUGAACAUUUCCCAGAAGCAUCCAGCCAGCAUAACUGACAAAAACGUCUUUGUCAGAGGGUCAGAUGUGAUUUUCAACGUCCAGAUCCACGACCCAAGCAACUAUCUGAAGACAGCUGAUGCGGUAGACUUCAUUUGGGACUUUUGGGAUGGCAACCAGUUGGUCACCCACAGCAAUGUGGCAACCCAUGCGUACAACACUCUUGGAAAUAUUACAGUCAAGCUCCUCGUGGAGGCAUCGUUCCGUGUGCCCUGCCCACCACCGACUCCAACACCAAUGCACUUUACACAAGCUCAUACCACGGAGAUGCCUACAUUACCGUCUGGCACUCACGCAUUCACUAGCAAAAUGGAGACCACCAAGGCUCCCAUCAUCACCAAUCCUUCACCAACUACCACUCCUCGAGUCUCUACAACUGCUGUCCCAACAACCGAACCAUUCCAAACCGAUUCAGAGGUGACGUCUAUUACAGCAACCACUGUGCCUGAGGCCAGUCCCACCUAUAAGCAGCCCACCUCACCCCCGAUGAUCAAACACACACAUUUCAAGGAAUCAGACUGUUUCCGCCAUAUGUAUGGCUCCUUUGAAGGCGAGAUCAUCAUCAUCGAACCUCCUCUAGCUCUGCAGAACCUGCCAGCCAAUCAGAUUUUAAAGGUGUCAGCUGACAAAGUGACCAACACAUCUGUAAACUUCAUGGUGACUUGCUCAGGCAGUGUUCCCUCAGUGGCCUGCACCAUAGUGGCCAACUCCGCCUGUCGGGAGGUCAAGAAUAUCGUGUGUGAGGACGUGGCUCCUUACGGCGAAGGAUGCAAGAUCAGCUUGACACGCAUUUUCCAAACGCCGGGCAAUUACUGUGUUAACAUCACGUUGGGUCUGCCUGGAGGCUUGGCUCUUGCCACCACCACCUCAGUUACAAUUGGCAACAGCCCUAACAUAAGUCAGUUUUGAGAAUUGUAGUCAAUUUUGUCUGU